AUGGUAUCCGAAUGUACAAUACCAGGUACUGAUAUAGUAAGCCCAAGAAUAAGAGUAUCAAUAUACGUACAAAGUUCAUUAGUAAUUUUAAAAUUAUUUUCAAACCAAAAAAAAUAUAAAAUUUGUGUUAUUCCCGGUGGGAACAUCGUUCAUCUUAAUAAUAUCAGCCAUAAUUCAAUAUUACAACAACAACCUACAUUAUUUAUUUCAAAUAGAAGAUUACUAAUCUCAUUUGCUUCCUUGUUGAUAACAUGUUAUAGUACAUGGAUAUGGACAACUAUUAAAUGGAAAUUACCCGAACAAGAGUGUGGGGAUAAAGUGAGAGUUUUUUGGUUAACGAUUCCACUCAAUCCAAUUGGAUGGGUGCGAAUCUUCACGUUAAUAUCCUUAAGUGUUAACUUAUUAAUUCUAUUUGUAAUUUUUCUUACAUUUGCGGUAUUGAUGGGUGAUGAAGGUGAUGAUGAUGGCGAUAAGGGUGAUGAUGAGGGUGAUGAUGGUGAUUAUGAUGGUCGUAAUAUAACAACAAUGGCUAUUAGAUUAUGCUGCCUUGCAAUACCUUAUUUAGUGUUGCUUAUAGUAUCAUCUGAAAUACUAAUACAUAGAAAUCCAAUAUCAGAAAUUCCUGCGAAUUGGGGUAUUAAAGAAAUAGUGAUCCUAAUUCUAUCUGGGGGAGACGUGACAUUAUAA